UAUAUAUGUAUAUAUAUAUAGAGAGAGAGAGAGAGGGAGGGAGGGAGGUAAUUAAAGGGUGGACAAUAUAUUUCACAAACUCCAUAUUUCAACAUCUCUUGACUCCUUAACCUAUGUUUCCUUUAAAUUCUCUUUCAUUUCUUGCAUUUCUCAGCCUAUUCUUCCCCACCACCCUCUUACUUUAGAGAGAGAGAGAGAGAUUGUGUAGGAAGGAAAAUCACCUCUCACCCUCCUUCCAAUCUUGUUUAUACAUAAGAGAUGUUCAUCAGACAAUCUUAUUGCAGAUUCAAGCAUAAAGCGGUGGCUCUAAGGCUUCUCUUAGUUCUCUUACUUGGCUCUACGCUAUACAGAGAGCAUUUGGGUUCGAAUCACAACCCCGAAGCCAUUCCUAGAGACUACCCCUCCUUGAUCCCAACAAUGGUGAGUUCAUCAAUGGCAAAGAUGACAUUCGAUGGCUACCUAAGCUUUGACAAUAUCGAACAUGCAGCAAAGGAUUUUGGCAACAUAUACCAUCUAAUGCCGUCAGCAGUUUUACAUCCGAAAUCUGUUUCAGAUAUAUCUUGCAUCAUAAAACAUGUAUUUAAUCUAGGCUUGAAUUCUGACCUCACGGUAGCCGCCAGGGGCCAUGGCCACUCCGUGGAAGGCCAGGCACAGGCGGACCGGGGUAUUGUAAUCAAUAUGGAAUCGCUUCGUGUACCUGAUAUGAGCUUUCACACUGGAAAGCAUCCUUAUGUGGAAGUGUCAGCUGGAGAACUUUGGAUUGAUAUUUUGCAUGAGAGUCUCAAAAAGGGACUUGCACCGAAAUCCUGGACAGAUUAUCUUCAUCUUACAGUCGGAGGGACAUUGUCGAAUGCUGGAAUCAGCGGGCAAGCAUUCCGGCAUGGGCCGCAGAUCAACAAUGUUUACCAGCUGCAAGUUGUUACAGGUAGAGGCGAAGUUGUAACAUGUUCGGAAGAGCAGAACACUGAUCUAUUCCACGCUGUCCUUGGAGGAUUGGGGCAAUUCGGAAUUAUCACCCGGGCUCGAAUUUCCCUUCAGCCAGCUCCAAAAAUGGUUAAAUGGAUAAGGGCACUGUACUCAGACUUCUCGACAUUCACCAAAGAUCAAGAAGAUCUCUUAGCAUCUGAAAAGUCCUUCGAUUACAUAGAGGGGUUCGUCAUCAUAAACAAAACAGGUCUACUGAAUAACUGGAGAUCAUCUUUCAUUCCCAAAGACCCGGUUCAGGCAGAAGAGUUCACUUCCGAAGGUAGGAUUCUGUACUGCCUGGAAGUUGCAAAAUACUUCACCCCACAAGAGGAGGAUCAUAUCGAUCAGGAUGUCGAAAACAUGCUAUCAGGACUAAAUUACAUUAAAUCUACACUCUUCCAGGCACAAGUGCCUUACGUCGAUUUCCUUGAUAGAGUGCAUGUUUCCGAAAUGAAACUCCGGGAACAAGGCUUGUGGGAGGUGCCUCAUCCAUGGAUCAAUCUUCUUGUUCCAAAAAGCAGUAUUCAUGAAUUUGCUAAAAAUGUGUUUGGGAGCAUUGUGAAAGACACCAGCAAUGGCCCUGUACUGAUCUACCCUGUCAACCAAUCAAGGUGGAAGAACACAACAUCUUUGAUUACGCCGGGGGAGGAUGUAUUCUACUUGGUUGCUUUCCUAUCCUCAGCAGUACCAUUUUCGACAGGAAAGGAUGGAUUAGAUUACAUUGUCAGCCAAAACAAUAGAAUUCUGGAUUUGUGUGAAAAGCCCCAUCUCGGAAUCAAACAGUAUUUGCCACAUUACAGCACUACAGAGGAGUGGAAAACUCACUUUGGCACUCACUGGGAAGCUUUCUCGAGAAGAAAAUUGACCUACGAUCCCCUGGCAAUUCUGGCUCCUGGACAUGGAAUCUUCCAAAGAGCACGCGCCUUCGGACGACAGUGACCUCCAAAUUGGAAGUUACUGGAUGAACAGAGCUGCAAAAAAACGCAAGCACAUAAAUCAGAAGCCAACUAAAUGUACAAUAGAACAAUUUUUGGGAUUCAUGCCUCUGAUUUGAACACCAUAUCAAAUGUGCUUUUCAUGAUUAAAGCAUCCCAUUCCCACCCUCGAUAAAAACGUAGAAAGGCAUUAAUAAUUGUUCCACUGUCAAUUUGAGAAAUAAGUUCAUCAGUCUGGUUUGGUUUCUACCGUGGUGAAUCGAUUCUAAUUUCUACAGCCGUA